AUGACAAUUGACAAUAGCUUACAGCUAGAGAUGUUUUUCAAUUCAAGAAAAAUGAAAAUAAAAUGAGUGAAAAUACAGCAGAAAUGCUUAAAACGAGAUUCAUAAUCUUAUUAAGCUGAUAAGAUUAUUAUUUUUCUAUUAUGAAAUAGUUAACAUGGCCAGCGUUCGAAGGAUUUUUUAUAAAUAUGCUAAGUGUUUAGCGCUAAUUGUAAUAUGUACUUUCUUUGCUCAAAUUAUUAUUUCCAUAAGCUUUUUUCCCUCGAUUCAUGAUAAUUUACUUAAAAGAAAUAGUUAUAAUUCAAAAUCUAAAAGCGAUAUGGGCGAUAUGUCAGCUAGAAAAAUUAUUGCCGGUGUCGGUGACGAUGAAGAUUACCCUCCGAAAGGUUCGCACCAACAUAACAAAGUUGUUCCACAGUUGAGAUUGGAAGAGCUGGAUUUUACGCCUACUUGUGAUAUUAAAAGCCGUGAAGCAAUUUCAGCUAUUCAUCGCGCUAAAAGCCAAUUAUGCAAACAGCAAAUUGUGAAUAAGACAUGUCUCAUACAAAAUGGUAAUUUUUAUCCAAAACAUUUGCCAAAUUAUUGUGUUUCUAAAAAUCUGGCUUAUGGACGACAUUUAGGAUGUUAUUUGGAUGAAAAAAAGCUAAGACUGCUUUCUAGUUACUAUGGAAAUUAUGCCAACAUUAACUCACCAACCUUUUGUUUGGAUAUUUGUGUUCAAGCUGGGUUUCCUUACGCCGGAGUGCAAUAUUCAUCAGAGUGUUUCUGUGGUGAACAGAAACCCCCCGCUUCAGCUGAAACUUCAGAUGGUUUAUGUGACAUGAAUUGCCCGGGUGACCCAUCACAGAAGUGUGGAGGGUAUUUUACUAUGAAUGUUUAUGAAACAGGCUUAGACAAAUUUGUACCGCAAGUACCACAAAACUCAAACAUUAAGGAGGUGUCAGUUAAAAUAGUAUUUCUACUAACUUUAAAUGGAAGAGCACUGCGACAAGUUCAUAGAUUAAUUAACUCUUUAUAUCGAACAAAUCACUAUUUUUAUAUCCAUGUUGAUCAAAGACAAGAUUAUCUACAUCGUAAGUUAUCUAAAUUAGAAAAGCGAUUUACUAAUGUAAGAUUAGCCACAAAAAGAUACUCAACUAUAUGGGGUGGAGCUUCACUUCUAAAGAUGUUGCUAGACUCAAUGAAAGACAUAAUUAGAUUAGGUUGGAAAUGGGAUUAUGUUAUUAAUUUAAGUGAGAGUGACUUUCCUAUUAAAUCCUUAGAAGAACUUGAAAAAUUUCUUUCUGCAAAUAAAGGAUUCAACUUUGUUAAAUCUCAUGGACGAGAAGUUCAACGAUUUAUAAAAAAACAGGGGCUUGAUAAAACUUUUAUAGAAUGUGAAACACACAUGUGGAGAGUUGGAGAACGAAAACUUCCUCAGGGUAUUGUUAUUGAUGGAGGAAGUGAUUGGAUAGCUUUGUCGCCAGAUUUUGUUUCGUACAUAGUUGCAAAUCAUGAUGAAUUACUAGUAGGUCUAAAUGUUAUAUUUAAACACACACUUUUGCCAGCUGAAUCUUUUUUCCAUACAGUAUUACGUAAUUCACGCUUUUGCAAUACAUAUGUGGAUAAUAAUUUACAUGUCACAAAUUGGAAGAGAAAAUUGGGUUGUAAAUGUCAAUACAAACACGUGGUAGAUUGGUGUGGAUGUUCCCCCAAUGACUUCAGAACUGAAGACUGGUUAAGAAUACAAAAUACCCAAAAUCGGCAAUUGUUUUUUGCAAGAAAGUUUGAGCCCAUUAUUAAUCAAGAGAUCAUAACAAGAGUUGAACAGUUUAUAGGAUUUACUGAUCAUAAUUUAAUUUCUAAUUUGGAUGCAUACUGGCAAAAUCUGUAUGAUGUACAAGAUCUAACAGCUAGUACAGAUGACUCAUUACUAACACAUGCAGAAAGUAUUAUUCGUCACAAUGCUAAAAUAUUAGCUGAGGAAGGUUGUAAAAUUCAACUUCAAGAAGUUAUUGAAAUGAAUGUGUAUAAAUAUGCUGAUGUAUAUAAGGGAAACCUAAUUUUAUAUAAAGCUUUAGUGAAUAACCAAGAAGCAAUAUUAGAGACUUGGUAUAAGCCAAAACAACAUUUAGAUUUAAAUGUUAAGAAUCAGGAUACUGAAUAUAUAAAAUUUUUUAAAGUCAGCUCAGACUAUGAUCAAAAAGAAAUGACUUUUAGAAAUUUAGGUAACAUAUUAGGCCCCUUUUCUGAACCAGUAUUAUUAUAUCAGUUCUCACCACAUAUUGAUAAGAAUGUUGGAAAUUUCACAGUUCUUUGGCUGGACCCAGCUGGAGUUGUUGCUGAUGUAAACAUGGUCCAUAGAGAUGAAAAUAACCUAACCAAUUUCAUAAAACCAAAUAUAAAACAACCAUUACUCCCUGGAGUUUGGAAAGUGGGCUUAUUUGAUCAAACCAACACAGUAGCUGUCACUGAAUUUCUUAUAACACCUUUAGAAUAUUUUUCGGGAAAAGAAGUUACACAACAGGAGGCAAUCCUGAUACACAGUGGAUCACAAAAUUCUUAUAAAAAUAUAAGUUUUGUAAAACCUAUCAAUUUUAUACCUAUACAUGCUAACAGGUUGUUGUUAGCCGAAAUAUCAAAUGCAAAUACCAAAAGGAUUAACAGUGAUUUGAUGGAGUGGAUAGAUAGUUUAAGCAUAGAAUUUUAUAAUGUUCUAGGUUCGUGUAUUUUAUUUAAUGAUGACAAUGUAACACAAACAGAUCGAGUGAUGUGUGGUAAAUACAAAUUUCAACAAUGCAUUUUAUCUGUAUGGAGUUCUCAAUCGCCAGAUCCAAAAGGCUUUAUAGGAAAAUUGGAUAAAAAAACAGGAAGACUGAACAGAGUAUGAACCCAUACACAUUUUAGCUACAGAAUAUAUAACAUGUUGAAGCAGGAGAGAAGCAGAACAAUAUAUAAUUUAAUAAAUAUAUAAAUAUAUCAAGCUGAAAUUCUUACAUGAAUCUACAUUAAAAUGUGGACCAAGAAGAAAAGUGAAAGAAGUUGUUUGGCACUCAUUGAGCAGGGACGUUUUUUGGUCGCUAAUUGUGCAUCCAGGUUUUAAUAAGAGAUCGACGUCAGAACACCAAUUUUUCUGUAUCAUUUAUUCUACCCCCAAAUAAAAGAUACAUUUAUUAAAUUUUUAAA